ACUCGAUCCACUCUCUUUCUCUCUCGCCUCGGUUUUUCCUUCAACAAAACGCUUGCGUUUCAUGAUGAUCACUGUUAUUCGAUUACCCCCUCUUCAAAUGUAAUCAAACCCCUUUUUCCACAACUGCAGCACCUUCAUCGGAUCCCCCAAAAAAAUUCCCGAUUACGUUUUCAUCAUUGGGGGUUUCAAUUAUGGAUAAACGAGGAGAUGGGAUUUUCCCGGAUGAGGUGGUUAUGCAGAUUCUUGCAAGGUUGCCUGUGAAAUCCCUUUUCAGGAGCAAAACCGUGUGCAAAUUGUGGUGUAGAUUGUCCUCAGAUAAGUAUUUUGUUCAACUCUACAAUGAGGUAUCUAGGAAGAAUCCCAUGAUUCUUGUUGAGAUUUCUGAUACAUCAGAGUCCAAAUCUAGCUUAAUCUGUGUUGAUAGUUUAAGGGGUGUUUCUGAAUUUUCACUCAGCUUUUUGAAUGAUAGAGUUAAGGUUCGUGCAUCUUGUAAUGGCUUGUUGUGUUGCUCUAGUAUUCCUGAUAAGGGUGUGUUCUAUGUUUGCAACCCGGUCACUCGCGAGUUUAGGCUGCUUCCCAGGAGUAGGGAAAGGCAUGUCACUCGGUUUUACCCCGAUGGCGAAGCGACCUUGGUUGGAUUGGCCUGUGAUUCGACGUGCCAGAGGUUUAAUGUUGUUCUCGCGGGCUGCCACCGCACGUUUGGUCAUAGGCCGGAUGGAAGUUUCAUAUGUCUGGUGUUUGAUUCGGAGCUGAACAAGUGGAGGAAGUUUGUUUCUUUUCAGGAUGAUCAUUUUACUCACAUGAAUAAGAACCAAGUUGUUUUUGUGAAUAAUGCUCUGCACUGGUUGACUGUUAGCUCUACUUAUAUACUUGUGCUUGAUUUAAGCUGUGACAAUUGGAGGAAGAUGCCGUUACCGUAUGACUUGGUUCGAGGAACGGGAAAUAGGAUUUAUCUCUUGGACUUCAAUGGCUGCCUUUCUAUUAUUCAAAUUUCAGAAGCGUGGAUGAACAUUUGGGUGCUGAAAGAUUACUGGAAUGAUGAAUGGUGCAUGGUGGAUAAGGUGAGUCUGAGGUGUAUCAGAGGAAUGGUGCCGGGGAUUUUCCCGAUCAGUCAGACAGGUGAAUAUGUUUUUCUGGCUACUCAUAGGCAGGUUUUGGUGUAUCAUCGCAACAGUAAAGUCUGGAAAGAAAUGUACUCUGUUAAGUAUAGUUCCUCACUACCGCUCUGGUUUUCAGCACACGCAUAUCGCAGCACAAUGUUCUCAUGUAGCUGAGGCAUGGUGGUGAUACAUGAAAAGAUUUUUGUACAUAUAUUUCUAGUUGUAAGCAUUCCACAUUCAAUUAGCCAUUGUUAUUCGCGGCAUGUUUCUGGUCUUUUAUCUUAAAACUUUGAUAUUGGCUUUGCCAUGGAAGUCCCACUAUAUUUCAGCACAAUGUUGUCCUGUAAUGAUGUGCGGCUUCAUGAAAUGUAUAUAUAUUUCUUAUUUCAA